AUGCUAGCAGCUCACCACGAUCAAGAGAACGUUUACACGCACCAGGCCGGUGCAUCGAAGCAACAGUUGCAGGCAAAGACCCCAGGUGCCCGUUUUCCAAAGACGCCCCUCAAGGUUCCGCUCAGCGACGAGAACUCGAAUCACGGAUUUGGUGGCAAGAGCGUUCUGCGAGGAAAAGGAAAUAAUGAGAACAACCUCACUGUCGGGAAGGGUGCUAAUGGCCUUGGCAAGUCGGGAAAAUCGGCCAUGGUGACGCCAGCGGCACCUAGGACCGGUCGGGCGCCUCUCGGAAACAAGACCACGAAUGCAAAGGCUAGGGCGACCUACCAAACCCCCGGCGCCAAAGUGACGGCCCGCGACUUCGAGAAGAGCGCGGUCAAGCCAACUGCCACUCUCCGACCUAAGCAGCGUGCACCCGAAGCUGAAUCUGCCAAGCUCGAAGUACACACGGACAAAGGGCCGCUCGAGGAGGAAGAGAUCGAGUAUGCUCCCCCGAGACCAAAAGAGACCCCCUACGAGUCCGACGUGUUCCCCGACGGCGUCUUGACUUUUGAGGGACUCAAGCCUGAGAACUUGUUCAAGGGUUAUUACCAAUACUACUUCAAUCGCGUGGACGGCGAAGGGAAAACAGCCCUGGAGCGGGACAUGGAAGAGCGGCAGAAACAGAGCUUUGAGCGCGGUGAAGAGCAGAUCCGGAAGGAUAUGGAGGAUUUUGACUGGAGCAUUGGGGACAUUCCGGAGAGCAAGGAUGUAUUCAAGAAGAAGAGCAGCACGAUUCCAGCGGCCACAGCAACGAUCAGCAAAAAGGUGGCCCACCCGAUACCUAGGCAGCCGUCGACCCUUGCAUCCAGGAAGGCGGCAUCAGCUCUCUCCAUGCCCGCCAAACCCUCCGGAAUUGCCCAACCAAAACUGACCAAGACAACUGCCUUGGGCACAACCGAAACCCGGACUAGGGGGCUUCUUAUCCCGAAGCGAAGAACGGUGCAACCCGUGGUUCAGCCCACCCUGUCAAUCAGAGAACGGGCGCCCGCAGUUGCCGCCUCACGCAGCACCCUAGGCUACAACAAGGGCCGGUCGGUAUCCUCGGCGGUCCAGGGAGCCGGUGGCGACGCAGGUAGCCGCCCGCCCCAAACUCAGAUUGGUCCCAAACCUCGCACGUUGGUGCGGUCCGUCAGCACAGCGUCAACGAGCUCGGAGGCCACCAUCACACCAGCGCGGUUCGCCCAGACGGAGCUCAAGAAACCGGACUUUUUGUCUGUCUUUGAUACCGAUGAGGAAGAAGAUGGUCUGGGUGGGGGCCCACCUCCGGCGGUUGAUGACGACGUUGACGAUUUCCAGCUUACGGUGAAGUUUGAUUGA